AUGACAGAGAUAAAGAGUUUUACCAACAAAUUUAGGGAUAAAGACAAGAUUAUCCUGAUUUUAGGGCCAACAGCCAGUGGAAAGACCAAAUUUAGCAUCGACUUGUGCAAAAGACUCGCCAAUCGCAACAUUAUCGCAGAAAUCAUCAAUUCAGACGCAAUGCAGGUAUACAAGGGCUUUGACGUUGGCACCGCAAAACCGACUCCUGAGGAGGCCUCGGCCGUCCCGCAUCACUUGAUUGGUUUCCUUGACCCGAGGAAGGAGUACAAUGUCUCCUCAUUCAUCACACACUGCACCAAAGUGAUUGAGGACUUGAAUGAAGAAGAAAAGCUCCCAGUGGUUGUAGGAGGAACUAAUUUGUACGUGGAAGGAUUGCUGUGGCCGUCCAUUAUGGAUUUUAAAGAACCAAAUGAUGCAGGCUUUAUUGCCUAUGUCCAUUCCGGCAAAGAGCAAUUUACUCUCAAGGGAACUUUAGAUGGUGGUGACAAACUAGGUGAGAAAGGAGAUGAUAUCUCUGGUGUUACUAAAGUUUCUGUUUAUUACUGGGAUGGAGAUGAUGAAGAAAACCCCAAACCUCUUAUCCUAGAAGUGGACAUUGGUGGAAAUGAAAAGAAGUACUACAUUAAGUACGAAAAAAGUGAACAGGAAGUGCAUAAUGGAGAUGCAAAAAUUUGGGUACACCAUGGAAUUUCUGAGACAUCAUUACAGAUCAGAUUGGAUGAUAGAAAUUGUGCCAGGAACAAAGUUAUUCCAUUUGAUAUUGGUGAUACUCAAAAGGUUUUUAGCUUUGAUUCCAAUGCUUCCAAAGGUAAAGGCAUACAAUUUGUUAACUCUACCACACUAUCCGGGAGUGAAUACAUGGUUACAUCUUACACGUUUUCAGGUGAUUCGGAGUUUAAACUGUCUAGAGUUGACUAUGACAAGAGAAAGAUUACUGAAAUAGAUCCUCCUAUUAGCGCACUAGAUGGAGUAAGACUGUAUUCUAAUACAUCAAUUUCGGAUGUACCAAUUGUACUUGAGUUAGCUGAGGUUGGAGGUGGAAACUCUAAAUUUUAUGCAAGCAAAGAUAAGGAUAGUUGGCAGCAAGUUGAUGGAGAAUCAAAGGGGUUUUAUACUGGUGAUAAAGGGUUUUCUGAAAAACAACCUACCGAAGCCCUCACAAAUAAGCUAGACGAGGUAAUCUGUACACAUCACAGAGCAGUUACUAUGGAUAUAUCCUAUGAUCUAUCUACAACAAAAAAAGAUAAUUGGUAUUGUUGUAAUGGUAGUCAUGGUAAGAGAGUUUCUGUGAAGGAAAUAUCAGUUAAUCACACACAUCAAUCACCACCCAUUACCAUUUAUAAACACUCCAUCACAGAUGGUAGACUGAAACUUGCAGGCAUUAAGUUCUACCUUGACAACAAUCAGAAUAAAAGAAGACGUGUAACAUCUGGUACAUUAAAACUGCCUGCUGAUGGACCUAUUGAUGUUUAUGUUUUCUAUUGCAACCAGAAUGAUCCAGUAUUAAUAUAUGUUGACUCAAAAGGAGGUACAGCUACUACAGGAUGGUAUAGAAAACAGAAAAAGAAGAGUGGUUAUGAUUCCAAAUGGAAAAGGACAAAUCAGCUAAAUAGUAUAAAGCCUAAUAACUUUGAGAGUCUUAGCUGUAAACAGUGGCAGAAACUUAAGAAAUAUCUAAAAGAGCGCGGUUGUAAUUUGCAAGACUGUCCUCAAGAUACUACAGAACAGCGAUCAGUAGCACGUUCUGAUUCUGAAGGAGGACAAGACCAAAAUGGAGCUGAGGAUGAUGAACCAUCCAGUGGAGAUGAAAAUAGUGAUGCUGGUCAAGAUGGUGCUAAAGAUGAUGGUGAAACUGAGGAACGCAAGAAGGAAGAGGAACAUGAAAAAGAGAAGACAGAAGAGGGUCAAAAACUAGGUGCUUCUCCUCCUGGCCCUGGUGGUAGUCCACCUGGUGGUGAAGAUGGUCGACAGUCUAACCAACUUGCUACUAGCACUCAAAACAAUGCUCUUUCUUCUGAUGCUGGUAGAGGUAGUGAUGGUGUAGGUGAUCAACCUGUGGAUGGUAUUGUUGACCUUUCAUCUACUGUUCAAGGAUCUCUUUCUACUCAUGGUCCACCUCCUAGACCUGAUGCUGCUAAUGCCCCUCCUGAAGCUUCUGAAGCUACUGCUCUUCCUAAAGAAUCCCAACCUGAUCCUUUUACUAGUCUUAUUCCUGCCGGUACUGCACUAGCUGGAUACUUUUUUGCUGGUUCUGCAGGAUCCGCCGCAACAUUCUUUGGAGGAUGGAAGCUUUAUAAUCGCUAUAAGGGAGACCCCUGGGUACUGAGAAUGCCUAUUGUUACUACUGCUAGGGUCCUGAACUGCUGGUAUAGGUACUAA